AUGAGCUUCUUCCGUUCUUCUUCUAACACUUCUUUUCAUCAUCAUCCUUCAGAUGAAAUCGAUAACCUUAACCUAGAUCUUCUCCUUGAGCUUUCUUCAUCUUCUUCUAAUUCAUCUUCUCCUCCAGCUAAUUACAGUAUGGAGCCUCGGGUUUUCUCGUGCAACUAUUGCCAGAGAAAGUUCUACAGCUCACAAGCUCUGGGAGGUCACCAGAAUGCCCACAAGCUGGAGAGGACACUGGCUAAGAAGAGCAGAGAGCUCAGUUCAAUGCAGAAUUUUGGGCCCUCUGGUCACAGGUCUAGCACUAGCAGCUUCAAUAAUGGCUCGAACCAUCUUGCGCCUGGGGUGGCCUCGCUAAGCCAUGGCCAAGCUGGUGGGGUUAGGUAUGAAAGAAGAGAGUUUAGCUAUGGUGGUUCCAACCCCGCCAGGUCUUCUGGUUAUGUUUUGUCCGAAAGUAAUGCUGAGCAGGAAGAUAUGGGUCAACUUGACUUGUCUUUAAGGCUUUAG